UUGGCUUGCACGGAGCGCAAGUUUGACUUGCGCUUCGCAUACGCUUUCCCGUCCCGAACGCAAAAUUCCAGUUCUAUGAGCGUAUUCGUUUGAGGGAGGUGCUUUAAAUUGCAAUGCAUAUUAAUCGGGCUAAUUAAUGGUGCUUUACAAGCAUCGGGUUUCACAAGAGUGAGAAACUAACGAUAAAACACAAUUGUGAUCGCAUUUUGAUUCCAGAAAAUGAGUGGUCGUUGGGAUGAUAACACAUUGAACUGCGACUUCAAAAGCAUUCAUUGCAAAUUAGAUAAUUUUGAACGAGACCUUCAAACAGCUGCAGAGCAUGCGAGCAAGUCGGAUCCAAGGGAUUGCGACAUGUCUGUUGAAAAUAUGCUUGUCGAAAAGAGGAGUCUGGAGGAUCGCAUUGACCUGCUUCAAAGAGAGCUGGACGCGCUGGACUACGAGGGGGACGACGGCACGUCGAGCAGAGGGCGUGACCCGUACCGCACCUCGUCUCCAGGGGAGCUGUCCAAAGUGAAGGAGCGAACAAAAGCUUAUCAGAGCCUGGGCCGCAGCUCACAGCCGCGCCGCUCGGCCUCGACCGGCUGUCGCUGUCGCUGCAGCUGCAACACGUUCUUCUCCGACUCCAAGGCUGCGUCCAACCCGGAGCGAGACAGCCAGCUGCAUGAGCUGCGGCAGGAGCUGCGGGAGGUCAACGUCCAGAAGCAGACCCUCCAGGAGAAGAUAUUCAGCCUGGAGGAGGCGCAGCGGCUGACAGACAACGACACGCAGAUGCUGCAGAGCCAGCUGGAGGCGGACCGCGUUCGCUGUCGCCAAAUGGAGGAGGAGAACGAGGAGCUGAAGGAGGAGAUCCAGCGGCUGGAGACGGCGCUCAAUAACCUGCCCGUGGGCGACGGUGGUGCCACGCGCGACACGGCCGCUCAGAUCACCCAGCUACUGCAGACGCUAAACGAUGACAUGGUCAAGGCGCCCGAGCUCUGCAACCGACUCCGCAUGGCUGCGCAGCAGAUCAUGGACGGCGAGAAGCGCUUGACGAACGAGCGCAGCACGCGCGCUAUGGACCAGGCCGAGGUGCAGUACCUGCGCACCGAGAACCAGCGGCUGCGAGAGCUGGCCUUCCGCGCCAACAUGUCCGCCUUCCAGGCCAGCGUGCAGCUGCCGCAGAACCAGAUGGGUUUCCAGCAGCAGAUGAUGACUCCCGGCGCGCCGUUCGGUCCGGGCGGCGCCUGUGUCGACCCGUAUGCCCAGCAGCAGGUGCGACGCAAGAGCAUGUUCCAGCGUGUGUUCGGCAAGAACACGGCCGAGGACAUGGGGCCGGGCACACUGCAGUACCAGGACGGCAGCCGCGCGCAGUUCGACCCGAUGAUGAGCAUGCAGCAGCAGCGGCUGUCCCUGGCCAUGCAAGAAGACCCGGAUGAGGCGGCGCGUCGCCUGCAGCUCCUCAACCAGGAGAAGACUGGCAAGGGCUGCUGCCGGCGCUAG